CGAUCUCACAAUUUCACAAUCUCACGAUCUCACAAUUUCACAAUCUCACGAUCUCACAAUUUCAUAAUCUCACAAAUUCUAUUCAUAAUGUCGCUCUUAACUCAAAUUUCUCGUACAACAUUUUUACCUUCUCGAGUUUCUUUCACAAUGUCACAACCUUUAUUAUUAUUUAAUUCAUUUAAUUUUAUUCGUGGAAUGAAAGUAAGAUCUUCGGUAAAGAAAUUUUGUGAUGGUUGUUAUACCGUAAAAAGACGGGGUAGAAUUUUUGUACUUUGUAAAAAGAAUAAGAAACAUAAGCAAAGACAAGGAUAAGUUGACUGUGAUGACAAUUUAUAUUAUAUGUUCAUAAUAUCAGACUGUGAUGACAAUUUAUAUUAUAUGUUCAUAAUAUCAGAUAUAAUUAUAUCAGAUCUAUGUGAUAUAAUUAUAUUUUGUUCACAUUCCACAAUUCAUGUCGGGAAAUAAUUAUCCCAUAGGAUUUCCCAAUUCCCCGUGGCCUCGUGUAGAGAAUUGAAAUAUAUUUGGAUAAUUAUUAAUAAUUAUAUUUAUUAUUUACGUAUUUACACGUUAUAUUCGAAAUAAUAAGAAAGUUCUUUUUUUCCAUUAAUUAUUUUUGAAAUAAAUCAAUUUGAAUAUAUGUACAAUAUAUAUUUUGUAAAUAUAUUUUGUAAAUAUACGUAAUCUAAGAAUUC